AUGGCAACGACCUCGAGAAGGCAGAGCCCAAGACUGUCAACUGGCUUGUCGAAUAACUUAUCCAAGCAAUCCUCUUACACCUUCUUAAUGCCCUCGUUAGAAGACGAUGAAGUAGAUGUUCCACCUCCAUCAGCUCCUUUACCAUCACGCAGAAAUACAAGGCAGAAUAGCAGCUCUGAUCUUGACAGUAGAAAGAAGCCUAGGAUUGAUCAGCCUUCACAAUCCCAACCUCUACCUUCAGAUCAAAAAGCUCACAAAUCUCCGCGAUCGUCUAAAGAUGACUUUAAUUCCAAACAACUCAAGUCGAAUCAUCAUGAUAACCGCAAACUCCAACCUCAUCAAAAAGAUAGGCUAAAAGAAAAGGAAAGAGAUAAGGAGAAGAAGGAUGUUCAGGAAAGAAAAGAUGCAAAAGAUAAAGAUAAAGCUAAGAGGCUUCAACUUCAACAGGAUAAACCUACUCAGCGUAAAGAUAAUCAACUCAGUAUUAAAGAUCAAGGUCCUACAAAGAUACCUAGGCCUUUUAAAAUUCCUGAAACUGCUACAAAUAACGUAUCAUCCACUCCAAUGAAAGCUCCUCAGCCUCAAAUAUCAAAACAUGUCGAUAUCUCUGCACCUAUGCCAGUCGCCGAAACUCCUCAAAUAAAAGCAAAUAAAGAUUUGAGAAAAAGUAGGCGGUCUUCUGUAGGCAAUAGAGGAAAGCGAUCAUCAUCUUGGUCUAGAUCAGGUAUCAUCGUACCACCACACCCUGAUCUCAACUCCACAGAGUUCUGUAGGCAUAUAGACGAAGAUUUACCCGAUCCAAGGAGGUUCAAGAUUCUUUUUGAAUGGUGCAGGUUUAGAGCAUGUAAUCCAGAUGUCGUUAAACCUAGAAGAUCAAAAAGAGUUGAAGAGAGUGAACUCAAAGAGCAAAAGCUUUUACUAGAUGCAAUAAACAAUAAAAAGGUUGUCAGCUUAGCACAAAAUGUUGUCGAUGAUUGGGUAAAGUCGUUGUCUAUCAAUGCUCCACCUUGGAUGCCACCAAAGAGCAACAAACAGAGGCAGAAAGCUAAAAAUCCCGAAAAUGAGAAGUACAAGGAGCUAAUAAGGAAGUCUCAAGAAACUCUAGCAAAGUUAAAACUAGAGGAUGAAACUUGGUCGAGGUUGCGAUCAGAUGCUAGGAAAGCUGAACAAGAAUCUGUAGAUGUAUACAACAAUCACUCGUCUUUGACAGAGAUGAAUCAAGACAAUGACUUGGAGCUAGAUCAAUUACCUGAAGCUGUUCAAUCUGAUAUUCGAGGUAUACUCGACAAGUCAACGUCCGACAAAGAAACCAUUGAUCAGAACAACACGAUUAGCAACCUCAAUUAUACAAUAUCAGAAUUAGAUCAAGUUUACCAUCAGUCCUCAUCAUAUCUAGAAACCUCGGAGAUAUAUACAAACAACGUGAUGACACAUUACCUAGGAUUACUGAGAUCUCGUCUUUCUCUAAACAAGAAUGAUGAUCAAAAUGACAACAAAUCAGAUCAAGAAAAGACGUUACCAUCAACUUUAAAUUUGGCAGCAAGCAACAAUAAUAACAAAUACCAAGAAAUUGAUGCCUUGCCAUUGCUCCGAGCAAUUUCUAGGCCAAUCCAAGAACAACCCAAGACAAACAGCAAUAUCAAUGAAGAUGAAGAUGACCGUGCUGGUGAAAUCAGUCUAUUUUGGAGUAGAAAGGUUUAA